CUCAUUUCUUUAUUCACCACAGCAUAUUAUUUAUAGAGCUAACCAAUAGCUUGUCAUUUUACCUCGUACCUGAAACGCAUGCAUUGAAUUGGUUGUGAGAUCCAUGGGCUAGUGCCCUGCUUCAUUGUGACUUUCGGUUUCACGGAACGAGCGAGAGAGCAGCCCUCCACGGCGAGGUAGAUAAAGGGACUCAGUGGAAGCUGUUUGGCCAUUUGGAAGCUCCAAUUGUGCGCUUCUGCGUCCAUCUAUGCUUUACGUUCGCUCACGUGGCAUCUCAAACUCAUCUACGACAACGCUCAUGACUAUUCCACUCGCUCACAAAUCAGCGUAACCUCUUCAGCAACGAUAUCCGAUAUGUCCAAAACACCAACAGGUCUAAACGACUCGAUCUGGGCCAUAAACGGCCGCUCUCGUCUCGCAAACUCAGCUCCUUCAACGCGCUCGUCGUCACAGCCUUUAGCACGCGCAUCCUCGCAACCUUCACAACCCCCACCAUCCUCAGCCCCUCCAAGAAACCCAGUUUCAAUAUCAACAUCGACAACGCGCUUGAACCCAACACAGGCCUUUCACCGCUUUGAACAAGCCUGUCAGCGUCUACGGUGGAAGUACCUCGAUUUACAGACUUCGUACCACCGCGCGCUGAAUCCAGAGGAAUUUGGGUUUUUGGUCACGGAUGCUGAGCGGAAUUUUAAAGUUGACUUCCAUGAGUUUUACGCAUGGAUUGAACAAGCGCUUGUUCUUCUCCUGAUGGUUUUCGGCAUAUCAGUAUCGCGCGGCAAUUCGUUCAAGACGGGAAAUCACACGUAUCACGAGAAUGUGCUCAUUGAGUUAGAAAUGCCAGAUUGUCCGGUCCACGAGGCGCUAGGCAGAGGGGAAGUGAACCAAGCUCUUCGUAAGGCGAAAGAGCUUCGGAAUCGUUGGAAGGAUGUUGCUGAUGGCAAGGAAACGCCGCCGUUAAAGAUGUAUGAUCUGACGUGGCUUGUAGGACAGAUCUUGGGAGGGUUGGAGAUUGGGUAUGGCAUUGCCGCGGGGAGAGUGCAGGAGGCGAUGCAGAGGCAGUGGGGUGAUGGGGAUGAACAUAUGGGCAUGGGAGAGGUUCAGGUUGAUGAUGAGUGGGAGUGGAUGGUUGAACCAAUGGAUUGGGAGGUUGCGUAGGGGUAAUAACAGUGCUUGGAUGAUGAAUUGGAUGGAUUGGAGUGAAAAUACAUAGCGUAAGAUAGAUAUUCAUCGUCUGUAGACAUAUCGAAUAGUCGUAAUGGACCAUAGAGGAGUCUAUCACUCAUGAAUCAUCACGUCAAGGGCUCCAUACAAGGACAGGC